AUGGCACUGAGGUCUCCCAACAUCACCCAGGAGGUGACUGAGUUCAUCUUAGUUGGUUUCCAACUUUCUAAGUCCUUGGAAUGUUUCCUUUUUGGGGUGUUCCUGAUGGUUUUUCUGCUCACGCUAACUGGGAACGUCACCAUCAUUGCACUGGUGUGCGUUGAUCAGCGUCUCCAAACCCCCAUGUACUUCUUCCUCUGCAACUUCUCUCUUGUGGAGACCCUCUUUGUCUUGACCAUCAGCCCAAAGAUGCUAGUAGGCCUGAUUUCUUUGAACAAAGCGAUUUCCUUUCUGGGAUGUAUUGCCCAGUGCUAUUUCUACUUCUCCUUCGGUGCCUGUGAGAGCAAUCUUAUUGCGGUGAUGGCAUUUGAUCGCUAUGUUGCCAUCUGCUACCCUCUCCACUAUGCCAUCAUCAUGAGCAAACGCCUCUGCAUCUUCUUGGUCCUGGGAUGCUGGAUUGGGGGAAUCCUCCUCCUUUUCAUUCCAAUGCCCUUCCUUUUCCAUCUCUCCUUCUGUGGCUCUAAUCUCAUUGACCAUUUUUUCUGUGAUUACGCCCCAAUUAUAAAGCUUUCUUGCAGCAAGAAUGUGCAUUUCCUCUUGGUCUUCGAGACAGUUCUCUCUUCAGUGGUGAUGCUCAGCUCCUUAUCUGUCAAUGGGGUCUCAUACCUCUAUAUUAUUUCCACCAUCCUACGGAUGCGCUCCGCCAAAGGUCAAAAGAAAACCUUUUCCACCUGUGCUUCUCACAUUACAGUAGCUAGUAUUUUCUAUGGCAGUGCAAUCUUCAUGUAUGCUUUACCCAGCAAAGGACGCUCACGAGGUGUCCAAAAAGCAGUUGCAGUUCUCACUGCAGUUAUUACCCCAUUCUUGAACCCUUUUAUUUAUACUCUGAGAAAUGAGAAAGUCAAGGAGGUCUUCAAGGACUGUCUGAGGAAGUCAUUUCCACACUGA